AGAAAGACACAUCCAAUCAUUUCCAUGUGUUUGUUGGUGACCUCAGCCCUGAGAUUACCACUGAAGAUGUGAGAGCUGCAUUUGCACCAUUUGGGAAAAUCUCGUAAAACACAUUUGAAAAAAAUGAGUUGGAAGGAAGACAAAGGCAUACCGCCGCAGAGUUAUGAAAGGGUUGUCUCAUUUUUCUGACAUUUUAAAUUGCUAAUUCAGGAUUACAGUUGGAGCUUUGCCAGUAUUUUUGUUUAUUGCCUUCAUGGGCCACCAAAAGAUUUGAGGAGAAACCAUUGAGAUGUGAUUGAAGUGUAUACGCUUAGUUUUUAGAGUGUUCCCACAAAUAUGGCAUUUACCAUUUAGGAAAUAAUGGCAGAUUAUUCAGUUAACCCUUUUUUCCAUGGGCUCGUAUGACAUAUUUGUAAAUAGAGCCAUCUUCUUUGAUACUUAAGAUACAAUUUUUUGGGGGGGGGUCCAUAUUAGGCAGAUGACCUGGCCAUUGUAGAGUAAUUAAUAUAUUACCAUCAAAAAAUUGAGUUGUUAUUAUGGAGGACAAAGUAGGUGGCUUCUGGUAUUUAUUCAUAAUGGGGAUUCCGAACUUUCAGAAUUGUGGUUUUUGCAUAGUGUCUUUAUUUCCGUAAUUGUAAAUGCUAUUUUUGUGAAAUCUUAAAUUCAAAAUAAACAUCUAACUACACUUAAAUCGCAUCUCAGUUAGAUCUGACUGAUUGGUCACAAAUCCAUUGUGGUAGUUUAUGUUCCUAAAUCCUCAGUCAGUGUCCAAAUACUUAUUCUUCAUCACAGUGUGCAUGUAAACAUAGCUGUAGCGCUGUCAACAUAAUUUGAGCCAUCACGUGACGCAAGCAUUUGAUCGUGUAAUCAUAGACUCGUGCACACUGAAGUCUAUGAAAAAAUACUGUCUGAAAGAAAUGUACUGACCCGGUCCAAAGUUGUUGUUUGCCAAUCACCUAAUGAAGUACUCUCUUCCAGUUGUUCACGUGUUUUAUGCUUUGUGUCAGCUAGUGUUGCUCUUCUUUGCAUAUUUAGUAUUUGGUAAGUGUCAGCACAUUGUAAGCUGUGUUUAUGAACCUGAAUAGCCUUUAGAUGUGGGUCUCAGUGAAGUAAUAGCAUUUUGGUUAUUUUACAGAAAUGCUCAUAGGAUUGGACAGGAGCUUGAAGGCUAACAGCAAGGAACUGUGCACUCUGGAGACUCAGAUCUCCCCAAAUCCCAUACUCCACAUUGGUGGCUAAGAAUUGACCAAGGAAAAUAAAGAAAUCUGGCCAUAGAUGCUCGAGUUGUGAAGGACAUGGCGACAGGCAAAUCAAAGGGGUAUGGAUUUGUGUCCUUCUACAACAAACUGGAUGCUGAGAACGCCAUCGUUCACAUGGGCGGGCAGUGGCUGGGAGGACGCCAAAUCAGGACCAAUUGGGCAACACGAAAGCCACCUGCUCCCAAAAACACUCAGGACAAUGGCUCAAAACAAUUGAGGUUCGAGGAUGUUGUGAGCCAGUCCAGUCCACAGAACUGUACUGUGUAUUGUGGAGGGAUCCAGUCUGGACUGUCUGAUCAAUUAAUGCGGCAGACCUUCUCACCAUUUGGUCAGAUCAUGGAAAUCAGAGUCUUCCCAGAGAAGGGAUAUUCUUUCAUCAGGUUUUCCUCCCAUGACAGUGCAGCCCACGCCAUUGUGUCAGUAAAUGGCACAGGCAUUGAAGGGCAUAUAGUGAAGUGCUUCUGGGGAAAAGAAUCUCCUGAUAUGACCAAAGGUUCACAGCAGGUUGAAUAUGGUCAGUGGGGGCAGUGGAAUCAGGUUUACGGAAGUCCGCAGCAGCAAUAUGGGCAGCAGUAUGUGACUAAUGGAUGGCAAGUUCCCUCCUACAGCAUGUAUGGCCAGUCAUGGAAUCAGCAAGGAUUCGGAGUAGAGCAAUCCCAGUCGCCCGGCUGGGUCGGAGGAUUCGGCUCUCAAUCAACUCAGGCUUCAGCGUCAGCGAGUCCAGUCGUAUCCAACCUGAGCAACUUCAACAUGACUGGUUAUCAGACACAGUGAGCCGGUCCUAACGCAAGCCUAUUACCGGUCAAACCAUAUUCUUCAAGCCUCGAUUUACCUCAUAGGAAAAAUAACAGUUGAAUCGAUAGUGCCCAUUUCUCCAAGAAUGUUUAAAAUGUUUUGUUUUUUUUUCUAAAAUGAAAAGUUCACCUACAGUUUAUGGUUAUGCUCCAAACUACAAAAUUAAGUCUAGCCAACAUCAAAUUAAUCCUCUUCUCACUCCUGUGUUGCACAUUGGCCCCUUUGUGUGAUUCAUUUUAGCAGGAAUUAAAAAGUAAUAAUUGCGCACAGGUUAUAUGACCUUCAUGAGACACAUAAUCUCCUGCUCGCCUACAUUCUGGCACGUGACAUCCAAUGCAUCUUGUAAUACACAGGUAGGAAACUUGCCUUUUUACUGAUGUGAACCAGAGCAAAGGGACAGUAGGUGACAGUAAAUGCAGUAGUCCUACGGAACAGGUGCAGUAGCUGUGGGUGAAACCCUCAAGAUCACCCCCCCCCCCAAAAAAAAAAAAAAAAACCUAAUCACAUCUAAAAUCUGAGUAAAGCUUUAACAAAUUAAAAUGAGUCCUCAUUCUACAUGCAAAACUAUGAUUUGUUUUUGCUGGAAUCUCACUAAGAUGUUGUUUCGAGCAAUAUAUACUUUGCAAUGUUCUUCGUAGUUCCAAAACAAAUGUAUGAUAUUUUCUAAUUGUUAGUUGCAGUCCUUUCAGAAUGUUAAUGUACUACAUUUGUUUGGCGCAUUUUCCAUUUUAUACAGCGGGUAAGAAGUCAGAGUUGCAAUUUGAGUACAAGUCUGUGCAAAUCCAAAAGAGUCUCAUUGCGGCAGUUUCAAUGAGCCACGGCCACCUUGCAGCGUUGGUGCGCGUUCAGCUGACAGCCAUAGUCACUGCAUUUUUUAUAUGAAUGAAAAGUGCUUUGUAAAUAGAACUCCUGAAAUAGUUUGCAGCGCACAACAAUUUCUAGAGUGCUGUGGCUUUAAAAAGCAUUACAACAGUGGAGGUAUCUCUGUUUACUUUUAUAAGUAAGGGUAAUGUUAUUUACACUGCUUGUCCCCCACCCCCUUCCUCUUCUGAGUGAUCAACAGCAUGUUCUUAGUAAGGUUUUGAUAUGUUAUGUUUGUGAGCCUUUCUCGUAGCAAAGGGAAAAACUCCAGGAUAGGCUCACUGUUGCAUUUAAUUCAAGCGUUUAAAUUAAACAAACCAAUUGAUCGUCUUUUCACGGAUAAUCUUUAUGCUGAGUCUGGGCUGGUUUCCUAGAGGAAUCUCAAGUCUUCUGCCUUUUUCUUUAUUCCUUGCAGACCAAUCCCGUUUAGAGCAUUUUCUAAUCCCCCCCACCUUUGUAAAGAUAAAUAGAUCUUACAUCCUUGAAGAUGUGAUUGCCUAAUUUAUUUUAUGCUUAUCACGUUAUGGAAAGGAUCUGUAAAUAUGGCAACUUUUUUAAAAAAGACUGCAAGCACUACUUUUGCCCCUCGGUGCACUCUGAAGGGUAAUCCCAGGCACCCUUCCAUUUGGCUUGAAACGAUGUGCCAUUUGUUUUAUCACGUGUAAAAGUAAACAUACUUAAUUUAUUUUUAGUUUUAUUUUUUGGUAAGGGGGGGGGCUUUGUUUGAGCUGGUUAGAUUAACAGUAAUAACAGGAUAAUUGAAAAGCAUCCUGCAAACUCCAGUAAUCUUGUACAUAACUAAGGGUAGGAUAUGAAAAAUGUCAUCCGUAAAUAUCAGCAAUGUCAUCCAGGGGUGCCUCUUCAUUGAUUUUUCCCAAUUGUAAAUUGUCCACUGAGGAAUCAGCAUUUUUCUUGAAAUAGCAGGAAACCGACGUUUUCGCUUGAACUGCACGAUUGUGGCGUGUCGUUAUUUGUUGCAUAAGAUAUUGAAUGUAACGACAACUUGCUUUCAUGACUAAUAAUAAGUGAUAUUAAAUAAAAGCUGGGAAUGGUUUUCAUUAGAAAAUAGAAAACACAAGUCACUUGAAAUAAAGAUGUUCAAACCAGA